GCACUCAAGUUCACUUCUCCACAACAUACCAUCCCAGAUUUAUGGACAGUCAGGGAAGAUCCAUCCAGACACUAAAAGACCUACUAAGAGCGUGUGUCUUGACAAUGGAAGGAGCUUGGGAUGAGCAUUUUCCUCUAAUGGAGUUUUCUUACAAUAAUCAGUAUCACAGUUCGAUACAAGCAGCUCCAUAUGAGGUUUGUAUGGGAGGAAGUAUGGUACAUCGCUAUAUCGGGAUAAAGAAGAAAUGCGACAGCUAGAGGGUCCAGAGAUGGUAUAGAAGGCAGUAGAGAAGGUGGAGAUGAUUCACCGGAACUUGAAGGCGGCUCAGGACCGACAAAAGAGUAAUGUUGAAAGGUUGGGAAACCCAUGCAGUUAUGAAGUGAGUGAUAUGGUAUUUCUAAGGGUGUCUCCUUGGAAGGGAGUGAUGAGAUUUUGCAAGAAGGGAAAGCUUAGUCCAAGGUGUAUCCGUCCAUUUGAGGUGUUGGAGCGUAUUGGACCCUUAGCCUAUCGACUAGCCUUACCUCCUAGCCUAUCUAGGAUUCACGACGUUUUCCACGUCAACAUGCUAAGGGCGUAUCGGUCCAACCCGGAGCAUGUGAUCAGGCAUGAGGACAUCCAGUUGGAGGAUGAUUUGACCUAUGAGGAGGUCUCAUUCCAGAUUGUGGAUAGGCAGGAAAAUGAGUUCAGGAUGAAGAAGAUUUCCAUGGUGAAGGUGGUAUGGAGGAACCAGGGCAGCGAGGCUGCUACUUGGGAGACAGAGAGUAGCAUGAGAGAAAAGUAGCCAGAGUUGUUUAAUGGUGCUUAGAUCAGUAGUUGGUGAAUCUCUGUGUACUUUCACGUUUAGUUCUCGUUUCUCAAUUUUUUCAAUAAUAAACCUUAUGGUUCAGU